UUUUGUUUCAGAGGAGGGUGUGGUUAUGGUUCAGAGAGUGAGGGUGAAGAGCCUGCAGACUCUAGGGUAACAUUACCACAGGAUGUGCCAGGAAGAGGCAAUGUCAAGGCUCAGCAGAGUGCAAUCAGACUUACAGAGGUAUGCAUACAGACGUAAGUGAUGCUGAUUGAUUGAAAAAGAGGUAGAGCUAUAGGCGAAUCUUUGCUGACCUCAUUGUUUACAUUUUUCCUCAUUAGCAUACACCCUUUUUGGCUAGCUGAUAGAAGCCGUGGCCAUAUAUACAAUCUGAGCGCUAAGUUGAAAGAGCUGAUUAACUUGAGCAAUUUGUGCAAUUUUCAUCUCUUUGCAAGCAAAAUUGAAGGAAAUACUAGCCAUGAAAACUGUAAAAUUAAUGGGUGGCAAAAAAGAUAAUGAGCCAUACAUUCUUUGUAAAAUUUUGAAUCUGUAAAAGAGAAUUUCUCCAAAACCAUUUGGUAUAUUGGGCAAAAAUUUUCAGAGAUAACUGAAAUUGUUAUGAUCUUUCAAUAUUCUGAGAUUUUAUUUUAUUAGCUCCAUCAGAUAAUGAUUAGCAUUUGUUAAUGAGGCAAAAAAUGUGAACAAAGAUUCGCCAAUCGGUAGUAUUAUCCUCCUACUAAAAGGUCCUUUGUGCCAACCUGGGAGCAUUGCUACUUCCCUCUGGACAUCUGCCAGUCUUUUGCAGCUGUACUGACACCUACUGCUACUGUUUCCGGUACCCCUAUGUCAUACUGGGCCAAGUUGUUUUAAAAGACAAUUGGCACAAAUUCUCUGUUAGUUACCAUGACAACUGAUAUGUUCUGUUUAUAGUUAAUCCAGGAUUACUACGAAGUUUGCUUCAAACAACUUGGCCCCAAUUCUCAGACAAGCUGACAACACUCACUGCCCCCUUACUGAAUGACAUUGCAUCAUUGAGGUCAUUCACUUAUGGUAUAUAUCUCAGUGGAUAGAGACAGUUCGGAGAAAGCACAGGCCAUCAUCGGAUCUAAAAUAACUCAACACCACUGCACAGCUACAGGCUAGAAACGAGCCUAUAAAAAAAUUAUUUUUGGUGGUUUUGACAGUACUGAUUCUAGCAAUUUGAGGAUUUACACUAAUUGUCAUCCUUAUCAUCAUCAUCAUCAUCAUCAUCAAUCUUUACUUGUACUUGAAAUCGUUCUGUAAUUACAUGGGCUCCCUGGGAGUCAUGUGGAUUUUUAAUACAGCUUAGGGUGGAUUAAAGUGGAAUAAAACUUAUGUGCUCAACAUUUUCAAUUUAUGUGUUAAAAAUAAUAUUUCACAUAUCUCACGUGAAGGUAGUAAAUGACCUUCAAGUAAUCAGAAGACCCAUUUUAUCUCUACUUGAUUAAAAAGUUGAAACACUUGCUGGAGGGUUAAUGGCUGUUUUAUUUUGUUUUAUUUUUUUGUUUUGUCCGUAUGAUGCCGUUAUGACAUACCUUACAUUCAUCAAACAUUUUAUUGUUUCCAGCUUGGACCUCGGUUGUGCCUUCAGCUAAUUAAGAUCCAGGAAGGAAUGUGUUCCGGAGAAGUUCUUUUUCAUGAGUUUGGUGAGAUUGACAGUUUUUCCUGAACUUAAGUUGCCUUCACGGCAGGAUUAGCUUAGUAGUUAGAGCGCUUGACUGCAGAGCAGGAGGUCGUGGGAUCAAUUCCCGAGCCAGAACAAUACUCGGUCUUAACUAAAAUAACUGAGAAAUGAAGGUGUACUGCCUUGUCCUACAAUCGGCUAGAUCCUCACAUGGCUCAGAUGACCAUGUAAAACGGUGGUCCCGUCGUAAGUGGGAGAGAUAAAAGUAGUGUCCUCAAUUAUUACUAUUAUCCUAAAUACAUUGACACUCAAAUAAAGAGCUUUUUUAUCUUAAUGGAUCGAGAGAAGUCGUUGCGUAAAGUAACCUGAACUGUUUCACGGUUGUACUGUUCAUGGCAUCCCAGUUAUUAGUGCUUCAUUCAUUAUUAAUAGUUUCCUUUAUUUCUUUUUGUGUCACUAGUAAAAAAGACAGCUGAAGAAAUCCGAGAAUUGAAAAGACAAAAAGAGGAAAAAAGGUAUGAAUCCAUCAAAAUUAUCGUCAUUUUUAAUAUAAGUGAUGUAAUAUUCAUAUCCCGCAUGCGGAACAGGCGUUUAACAGGCAACAGCGAAGUGCAAGGAAAGCGUUGUGCUGUGAUCAGGCCAAUACACUCUUCCUCUCCGCUACUUCAAACCUUUAAUCAACCACACUUCAGUCUCGCUGAAUAUUUUUGACAUUGACCCUUGAGUUCGGUGAAUCCACCAUGCCCAUGUCACAAUUUCAUUUUCCUCGAUCUGCGUCUUACUAACUAAGCGAUUGUUACUUGGCGUUUUGUUUUCUUUAAACGUGUGCUUUUAAGAGUCGCUCACUUGUGCUCUGGAUUUUCAUUUUGUUCAAAGGAAGUUGAAAGAGCGAAGGAAGAAACAGCAGCAAGAAAACGUGAAGAAAAAAGAAAAGGAGAAGGCGCUCAACAAGUAGGUAGCUUUGAAAAGUCACAAUACAGUGUGAGGCAGAGGACCGGGACAGUGAGUCUGGUGAAAAAUAGCUUGCGUGGGAGACGCGCGAGAAUGUGAUGGGCGCGUCACGUUCUCGCACCCCUUAUUUGGCCCUUUCCCUUCCCUUUCAAAAUUCUGUAACCCAGGCAAAGUAAAGAGGCGGCGUCAGGGGAUAGGGGUAGGGGUAAGUGGGUAGGGAUUGGGAUAUGAGCAGGAGCGGAAUCAAGGGUAUGACCACGCAGGCCAUAUCCCUUGAAAAGUCAGCAUUUCAUCACUUUAGCGGUAAUGUUUUCCUCCGCUAACUUGUUUGAUUUUAGGUCAGUUUAUGAUUGAGGGCGUUUCUUGUUUGUUUGACACUAGAGCGCGAAGCAUUGAAGGUCAAAUGAAGAAGCAGAAGUUAGAGAAACAAGACGAAGAGGCUGAUGCAGAAGGUUUGUGUAUUGUAGCAUCCGCUCUCAUUUCUCUAACGCCAGUCAUAUCUCAAGUUUAUUUCCUUAAGCUUCUCGUUCAGUCCAAUCUUGCAGGCACAACUAAGAAAGUUGCAACGACUUUAGGCCAUUUCACGGUCGUCGUAGCCAAAGGCAAAAAAUGUGUCGGGAUAAUAAGUUAUCUUUGUUGCGGCUUUAAGAUGAGUAUCGAACGUUUAUCAACAGGUGAUGUAGCCAUGACUGCGGAUGACGUCAUGGACAGUGACGAUGCUGAUUGGUACAGACAAGAAGUUGGUGCAGAACCCGACCCUGGUAAGUUGCGCCGGAGAAAAAUUCAACUUCUGCACCUUUGAACUGCAACUAACCAAACACUUCCAAUUAUUUUUCUUUUGCAAAAAUAAGGGAUGUAAUUUUAAAAUGUGAAAAGUGUCAUGAAUCCAGUUGGUUGUAGAUUAAAACCGUCUUAAAUGUGACAUGUUGUGCAUCGUCGUGGAAACGUUUAUGGAUAUAAUUUAUAGGGCUACCUUAGUUUUUGCUUUACUUGUGUAAUGUUUUUGUACAGAGAGGUGUUAUUUCAAGAAUCCGUGGUUAUGUUUACAGCCAGUUGAGUGGUUUCUUAUUUAUUUUUCUCUCUAGAACUCUUUCCAAAAACCCGCAAAAAAAGGAAUUCCAAGGAAAAGUCGCAACCAGGAAAGAAGAGAAGGCACCCAGACGAUAAAGCGGAAACAGCGGAGAAAUCUUCCAAAGAAACAAAACAUCGAAAAUCCCAACAAGACAAAAAAGUAAACAAAUCUGUUAAAUUCAAAGUAACUAAGAAAGGAGUGAAAAACAGAGGAAAGCAUGUUAAAUUAAAAAGAAAGUCUCGAAAGUGA